GGAGGCGGUCAAAGGUGAGAGCGAUCGGAGGGCACUUCCUUUCGGGCGGGUAGCGGCCAUUGAGCAGCGGAGCCGAAAUGGGGAAGUUUAUGAAACCUGGGAAGGUGGUUCUUGUGCUGGGCGGACGCUACGCAGGACGCAAAGGUGUCAUUGUAAAGAACAUCGAUGAUGGGACCUCUGACAGACCUUACAGUCAUGCUCUUGUUGCUGGUAUAGAUCGUUACCCGCGUAAGGUCACUGCCAAAAUGGGCAAAAAAAAGGUGGCCAAGAGAUCCAAGAUCAAAUCCUUUGUGAAAGUAUACAACUACAACCACCUGAUGCCAACCAGAUAUUCUGUUGACAUUCCCCUGGAUAAGACCAUUGUGAAUAAGGAUGUUUUCAGGGACCCAGCUUUGAAGCGCAAAGCCAGACGGGAAGCCAAAGUAAAGUUUGAAGAGAGGUACAAGACCGGAAAGAAUAAAUGGUUCUUCCAGAAGCUUCGAUUCUAAAUUGUAUUUCAAUAUAAAUAAAUGUCCAUGUAAAAUAA